GUUUGCACGUGCGAGAGGGUGUGGCGAAAGGGUGGUCUUCCUUAUUGCGAUUCGAACAGACGAUUCAGUACUGCCGGGACAUUACCUUUCUCGUCCAGGGAACACGUCGGGACUGUAGUACAGAGAGACAAAAUGGAGGAAGCACCGUCGGCCACCACCGAAAAAAAGAAGCGUCGAUGUGAAAAGGAUUACACGAGAUCCCGUUCCUUCAUGGCCACCAUCCAGCUUUUGUGCGAGGAAGCCACGAGCCACGGAGUUGGACACGCCUGGAACAACCGCUACAACAUGCUCGGCGUCUUCUGGGUGAUCGUCACCGGGAUUCUACUCGGGUUCUUGUGGUACUACGUCAUAGCGCUCAUCAUAGAAUUCGCCCAAAGGAAUGACAAGUCUCAGACGACUUCGCUAAUGGCGGAGAAGGGCCUGCAAAUUCCAUCUGUAAGUCUGUGCAACAGGGCUUUCUACUCCAGGCGCAAAAUGCGAGCUCUGAACAUCAGCGACUCCAUGGUCAGUUACCUGCUGCUGAAGUUCGGAGACGCCAGUCUCAUCAAAGAAGAGCGCCUGGCCGACGAGGAAGGAAAGAAAUCCAUCGACGAAGCGGACGCCCACUUCGACGACCUCCUGGACAGACUCAAUUUCACAGUCCGGGAACUCGUGGAUGCCAUUUCUUAUGACUGCGAGGAAAUGAUUCUGAUGUGCACCGUUGCCAGACGUACGAUGUCGGGGAAGGAGUGUUGCAGUUCUAUGAUCAGCAUGCCCACAUUUUCGGGAAAGUGCUAUGUGUACUUCUCGGACCAUACGAAGCAAAAUGUGCAGGACGUCGAGGGGGAGUUCCUUGGGGUGUCUCUUUACCUGAGGAGCGAGGUCGAUGAUCAUCCAGUAUUGGACCCCAACAUCUUAGACUUUACACAAAUCAUGAAGACUGGUCUCCAGAUUUCUCUCUUCAGCAACCAGACUCAUCCCUCCUUGACAGCUGUUGGCCACGGCGUGUCCCUCACUCCGAAGAUGUACACAACAACAGAGGUCUCCCUCGUCGAGGUGAAGGAUGUAGGCCUAAAGACAUUCGUCGAUUGGAACAUGGAAGACUGUGUGCCCACGAGCACCAUCGGGUACAUGCUUGACAGAGAGGGCUUCUACAGAACGCAGCCCAACUGCAUGCUUGGGGCUAUCAGGUCCUGUUUCCAGUUAAUUUGCAACUGCUCCAGCUACGCCCUGGAUAUCGAAAAUGAUGCUCUCAGACCUUGUUCGCUGAAGGAAUUGCUCCCCUGCUACGCCCUGGCUUUUCAGAACUUAGACCUGCAAUCAGGCACAGAUGGUUUCAUGGACUUCGUCAGGAAAUAUGUCACUGAAACAGAAAUCGCUGCUUCUCGCCGGUGUUUGAAUGCGGUGACCAGAGGCUGCAGGCGCCCUUGCACGAGAUUCGACUACUCCUACACGUCCAGUCAGUCUCCGAUCAAUGAGGACAUCUAUAACACCCUCCGUCAGCAGUUAAAUCUUUCGGACGCGAGUGAACUAGCUGUGUCGACUACCUUCUUCCCCAAUAUGAGAUACGCAGAGAUACGUUUGUGGCGUGACUCUGUAGGUAACCUUAUAAGUUCCAUCGGUGGUAUAACCGGAGUUCUCCUCGGCUGCUCGAUCGUCAGUUUCAUAGAAUUCUUCGUGGCCUUCGCCCUCUUCUCGGCCAUCUUGAUCAGGUACUGUCAUGGCGACUCCAUCCAUCGGACAGAGCCUUCGGAGGGCAAGUGACAGAGCGAAAUGGAGAUGGAAGAGAAGGGAUGCGCGGAUGAAGGGAAACAGAGUUGUUCCGCCGUCGGUGAUUAAAGUCUCCAGCGUCUGUGGGAGUCGGUGGUGCAUGACGAUUUUGGAUGAGGACGCCUCUCUCUCUCUCUCUCUCUCUCUCUCUCUCUCUCUCUCUCUCUCUCUCUCUUUCUCUCUCUCAACUGAAUAUACUGAGAACGUAACCAACAGCCUAGGCGCAGAACGCAUUACACAGUGUCUUAAAGACAAACAAAUACCACUAGGCCCAGAUGUCCAACAUGAAGGCUGUGUUUACUUUCUGCCCACCGACUGACAUCAAAUUUAUGCUCAGUUAUCGAGGUCGAGUUUAUGCAUUACAACUUCGAUUAAGCGUAAUCGUAACUACUGGGUUAAGGGCAGCUACUAAGACUAGGUCUACGCACUAGACUGAGCAACUGGUGAGCUAAGGGUCACUACUAAGACCAUUUUUUAUGCCCUAGUCUGCUCAACUAAUCAGCUAAGGGUCACUACUAAAUCUAGGUCUGUGCCGCUCCCGCUACUAAGCUGAGGACCACUACCUAGACUAGGUAUAUGGUCAACUACUUGGAUUAAGUGUCUACUGAGUUAAGGACGCUACUGGGACUAGAUCUGUGCCCAACUACUGGAACUUUGUACCCAGCUAUUAAUACCGAGGUAAGUAUUUGCAUGAUACUGAGUCAAAAAGUUUAAGGCUAACUUAGGAGCCAUAGUUAACAAUCUUUUGCUUAACACUGCCAAUCUUACUAGGGAUGUUAGGAAAAGGAAAUCUUUCUAUUGGUUUCUGAAAGCUACGACCAGGGGGGGUCAUUUCAUUUUUCCCUGGGGGUGGGGCAAAGGUUUAUUUGAGGACCCCUCUCAAGCGAAGCGAGCGUAACCUGCUAUGGGGUCCGGGGGCCCGCUGUAAGGCCCCCAGAGAAAACUUUUAAAAAUAUCCACAAAAUAGGAGCAAUUUGAAGCCACUUGUUAGGAAAAUUGGAAGAACUUUUAUUCUUUAAAAAAUGCUGUACAUCAAGUUUUGAGAUCAUAAAUGAAGAUGAAAAGGCAGUGGAAAUGUCUAAGCGUAUCAAGUUAUAAAAUUAUAAUAUUGGUCCUAGAAUAUCUGCAGUUUAACAUGUUGCAUUGAAUAUAGCUCACUACCUAUACAAAAGUCAUUCAGGAAAACAAGAAAAGUUUAUGUGAACGGGAAGAUCUUAAGCUUGAGAAAACGAGUAGAGAUAAAAUGCUACAUAACUUUAACAAGGUUCAUCUAAGAAAAUCUCAAAAUAAACAUAUGCUUCAUGCAUUUCAAAUAUUAUCUACUGCAUUAGUGGAUACCUCCUUGAUCUUACUUUUGCAAAAUUAUUAACUAGUAUGUUCGAGGUGAGAUUUUUAACAAGUUCCUUUUCUGAGACCAUGAGAAGCAAGUCAUUCAAGCUCAUUUUUCAUGGUAGUUCGUAGAUACGUUUUCACUAAACUAAACUGAAGACAGUCGUUCAUCGCUGUCAGUAUUUACUGGAAGGGUGAUGAGAAUUUUAACAACUUUAAGAAUUUCUGAGUAGGCACAUUAUAAUGGUUUGAGUUCAUGAUACAAUUCAACCCAAUUCUUAGGCUUUUCAUUCUUAGAAGGUGGCUCUUUACUGUAGAAAUUUGGGCAUUUAGAAGGAUUUCAUCUAUGUGUAUAUCCUUAUAAAACUGUGCUAUGGUAGACAGUUUCUUAUCAUUUAAAAAGUCUUUAGAAUUACAGUCAAGUGCUUUCAUCGCUGCUAUCAGUGGCAUAUUAUGAGUGAAUCUAUUAUCCAUCUCUGAGAGAAAUCUGUCUAUUAUGUCAAAAUAGAUUCUAUUGAAUCAGAUGCAGUAGAAAAAAAUCUUAGCCUUGUCAAAGAUAUUAGAGAAACCUUCAGCUGUUCUCAAGACCUAUCAGGCCAUUAAUUCAUUUGUGAGUAAAGUGAUUAGAUAUCUCAGCUCUUAAAGAAAACUGCCUUGUCUUAACGUUUUUAACUGGUAACUGUUAUAUGUUAUGUAUUAUUUAAUUUGUUCCGAACAUCUUAAAAAUAACUAAUUUAAAUUAAUCCCUCUCUACACUUCAACCUUAUUUUUUUUUGACACGUUGUUUCGUGAACAGUGACCUUAUUAUAAUUAUAUUUAUAGAUAUAUACACAUAGAUUUUUCCCAUCCCUGAUUUCGAGGCCACCCUGGAAAUUUUUUUUUUUUUUUUUGGGGGGGGGGGGGAAAGCGCCCCUCACUGCCCGCCCCCCACACACACAAAUGACGUCCUUGGCUACGUCAGCAACGAGUACCAUGCAAAGUGAGGAGGAGGUUGUCCAAUGAUUAACAUUAUCCAGAACCAAGGACAGUCUGACAAACUUCAAUAAAUGCUUGAUUGUAUUCCAUGGCUUCUUAACAGAAUGUCUGCAAUGACUUUAGGUGCAACUUGGAUUUCAGUUAUAAUGCAUUAAUUUUGAAAUGUUAUAGUUGUGAUCUGAAAUUGAUAUGUCCACAGUUAUGGAAUUGAAAAUGACGUGGUUUGAUGGUCUAAAUGCUGAUAAAAUAACCUGUAUGUAACGGUCUUAAUGCGUUAUGUAUAACGUGGUUUUCAGUGUUUCAUUGUUAUAAAACUAUAAGGUUUUAUUCGUAUUUAAUGGAUUGCUGAUAUUCUCUAUUUGUGCUUGAAAUUGCGUUGUAUACAUUCAGAGUUCAUUACUCCUGCUGAAUUACAUAACAUUUUUAUAUCAUAUUUGCUUACAUAAUUUUGGCAAUUGUGAUAUCUGUGAUUGUAGUAAGAAUAUAUACUUAUAUGUAUGUAUGUUCAAUUUGAGGCUUGUUAAUCGUACCUAUAAUUGUUGUUUCGAAAUGCAUUUU